AUCAUUCCCUGGUACCGCUCGCUCAGCGACGAUACGUCUAUCCUUCAUAGCGAGCGAAAUCGUGUGUCGAGUGAGUGGAUGGAUUCGAGCGCGCUCGCGCUUUGCACGCAUACACACAAUUGCGGUUGUCGUGUGAUGGACCUGUUGCAUCGAUCAGUGAAUGUAGUCGACGCCGAGCAGUUCGCGAUCGCGGAUCCGAGAGAGUCGCCGAAACUUCGCCAAGUGAAUAAAAUCGGUUUUGACAGCGGCUUUGGAUUAAGAGCGCGUUCGCCGUUUUUAAGAAUCUUCAUAUCGAAGAAUCUUCUUGCUACCAUAUUUCGGAUACGUUAUCAACACAAAAGACGUCAAUUCCGAAAAUUUUAAAGCCGAAGAAAUUGAUUGUCGAACUGCAAGCAGCAAGAAUGUCAACGUCAUUAAAAUUGGCGGAUGAUCAGCGAUUUGCGUUAAUGAAAUUCAGGCGAUCCGUGCAAGACGUCUUGCAACCACAUCACGAUGAUCACUUUCUGCUUCGUUGGUUGAGAGCAAGGAAAUGGGAUCCUACCGCGGCGGAAAAGAUGUUGAGAGAUUCUUUGAAUUGGCGGAAACAUUGGGAUGUUGAUCAUUUAUCUGACUGGGAUCUUCCACAAAGUGUAAAAAAUUAUUUGCCUUACGGAUUAUGUGGAUUCGAUAAAGAUGGUGCACCUGUCAUUGUCAUACCGUUCGCUGGUAUGGACAUGUACGGAAUGUUACACGUUGUAACCCAAAGAGACAUUGUCAAAGUUACGGUAAAAAUCUUGGAUCAUUACUUGAAACUAGCUAGAGAACAAUCCAAGAAGCACGGACAAAUUGCAAAUCAAUUAACUGUCAUUUUCGAUAUGGAAGGAUUUAAUCUUAAACAAUAUAUAUGGAGACCAGCUGGUGAAUUGGUUCUAUUACUCAUCCAAAUGUACGAAGCAAAUUAUCCCGAAAUUCUAAAAACAUGCUUUAUCAUCAAUGCUCCAAGAGUUUUCGCCUUUGCAUUUUCCGUUGCCAAGAAAUUUUUGAAUGAAUAUACACUGUCAAAAAUACAAAUUUAUAAAGCUGAUCCAUCUAAAUGGCAAGCGGCGAUAUUAAAGAUCAUACCAAAGGACCAGUUACCUGCUCAUUUUGGUGGAACAUUAUGCGAUCCAGACGGCAAUCCGAGAUUAACUUCGAAGAUUUGUCAAGGCGGCAAGAUACCUAAAGAAAUGUACACCAACAAUACAGAUAAAUUAAACGAUGAUUUUACCAGCGUCGUUGUUCGAAAAGGUGGAAAGCUAGAAUUCGAUAUCUCUGCACCUAUAAAAGGCUCCAUGUUAAGCUGGGAAUUUCGAAGCGAAGGUCAUGAUAUUAAAUUUGGGAUUCUAAAGAAGGAUACAACAAAUGGUACGCAGACAGAAGUUAUACCUAUUCGAAAGGUCGCAUCUCAUCAAUCGGACGAAAUCGGAGUAUUGACUUGUGAAGAUCCGGCGACCUAUUCCAUCGUUUUCGAUAACACUUACAGUUUGUUAAGAAAUAAAAAACUUCACUAUUCUGUGCGUAUAUUACCACCGACGAAAGAAUUACAGGAAAUGGCAUCGAUUGCGUAGUUGCGAAUAAACCUUAUAUUAAGAAAUUUAUAAUUAUAGUUAUAGUCUUAUAGGAUGGAGUAGAUAGAUGGUAAUAGAUUAGGCUAAAUAAGAUUUCACGAUAGAUGGUAAUAGAUUAGGCUAAAUAAGAUUUCACGAACGAAUAUUAACAUCAUAGGUUUCGUGAUAAAUCCAAAAAAAAAAA